AUGCAGACCGCGGGUCUCGUGGCCAGCAGGCCGUGCGUCCUGCGCGCAUGUAGUAGCAACAAGGCGUCGGGGGCUUCUGUGCGGCCGCUCGCGACGCAGCCGCGGCCCGCCGUGCGCUUCGGCCGCGUAGAGUGGUCCUGCCGGGGCCCUGCGCCUGCCGCCGCUGCUGACUCCACCAAGUCCGAGGUCGCGGGCACCGACCGCUCCAUCGAUGUCGGUCGCAUCGCGAAGUACGUUGGCGCGACGACCGUCGAGGUCGGCGUGAUGACUGCAGCCCUCGCGGCGGUGCAGUUUGCUGUUUCGCACCCCUCGAGCCCGCUGACGGCCCAGCCGUGGGGCACCGCGUUCGUAUUUGUGUUCUUCUUCACAAUGUCGAUCAAGUCGCGCGUGUUCUCGCCCCUCGACGCCCGCCGCCCCUCAGCAGAUGGUACGGGCGCCGUGUGGGAGGUCAAGCGGCCGUCGUGGCAGCCCCCCCCGGUGGUGUUCCCCAUCGUUUGGAGUACCAUCGCCGUCCUCCGUGCAGCGUCGGCAACGAUGAUCUGGCAGGCCAACGACGCCCUCCUGUGCGUGCCCAUCAUGGCGUUCAUGCUGCACCUCGCCAUCGGCGACACGUGGAACCACAUCAACAACGUGGAGCUGCGCAAGGGCGGCGCAGCGCUCGGCGUCCUCUUCGUGUGGGCCUCGGCGGCGUUCGCCACGCACAUGUACGCGCAGACGCUCCCCAAGGCCGCGUACGUGCUCGCGCCGUCGCUCGUGUGGCUCGCGAUCGCGGCGUGCCUGAUCUGGAGCAUCUGGGACCUCAACGGCAGGGAGGAGCUCAUUCCCACGACCUCCAAGGCAACCGCGUAG